GCUGAAAGGAAAUGAGUGGGAGAAGAAAAGCAAAACCCAACCGGGGUGGAGGACGCUUUAAUAAGGGUGGUGGUGGCGGUGGUGGUGGAGGAAAAGGGGGAGGAGGAGGAGGAGGAGGAGGAAAAGCAUUUGGUGACUUGGAAGAUGAUUUUAGCCUAGAUCUUGGACCAAGUCGGUCGACCAAACCUCCCUCUAAAGGAAGAGGACGUGGAGCUUUUACAAGCAGAGGCCAUGGGGGAAGUAGAGGAAGGGGACGAGGCUCUCAAGGUUUUUUCAGAGAUGACUCCAGGCAUGGCAAGGAAGAGCGAGAUCAAGUUAAAUCUGACCGAUUCAAGCUGCCACUACAGAAGAUACAUAUGACAUCAGAAAAUCGGCUACAAGUAAAGGAAUUACUGAAGGAACUUCAGAGUCAGGAAUAUAAUACUCCAAACAGUGGCUCAGACUGUGAGGAUGAAGAAGAGGAGGAAGAGUAUGAUGAGCUGGACCACCGUGAAGACGGUCAGUUCUGGAUCACUCAGGACAAUGGUGUUGCGUGUGCAGAAGAAGGUGUCUGUGGAGAAGACAGUGAGGAGGAAACGUCUGUGAAACCAGAACCUGUUGUUUCCCUGUUUGCCCUAGGCACCCUCUGCAGGUAUGGCUUUAACCGAGAGCGUAGUAGACAAGCUCUGGAAGCAGCAGAGCGCAGUGGGCAUGGAGAAGUCGGAGCAACGCUGGAGCUCCUUCUCUCUCAGAUGUUCACUGAAGCAUUUGGCUCGGCCUCUCUUGACCUUCAGGUUCCAGACCCUCCAUCACAUGAGGAAUGCAUGACCCUGCACCAGGAGGAGGCAGUUGCAUUAACCGCCAUUUAUGGAGAACGCUUCUGCGAGAGAAUUAGUGGCCGCGUCUGGAUCAUCCACCUGGAUCUGCUUUGGGUGACCGAAAGCCGUAGAAGCAACUCGGAUUCAAUUAGGAAAGGACAGGUGAAAGGGGCGUCAUCCACUCAGGUGUGUAAAUUCUACUUAAAAGGAUCAGGAUGUAAAUUUGGGAAGCAAUGCCGUUUCAAACAUCAAAGACCAACGGAGUCUAGCCAUCACAGAGACCCGCAUGGGCCGAGCCAGCCUGGUUUCAGUAGCACUGAUAGCCCUGUUUAUCAGCUGGAGGUCCGCUUUCCUCUGGGAAACCGCUACCCCUUUCAGCCACCGUUAGCUGCCUUCAGUACCACAGAUGAGGCAAUCUCUGGAGCAGGACGCCUUAGCGUGACUGAAUAUCUUUUUGGCCAGUCACUUUCAGCUGCACAAGAUGGUGAGCCUGUGGUCUACACUCUCAUCUCCUGUCUUGAGGAAGAUGGGCCAGUCAGAGAGCUCCUUCGGGUUCCACAUCACAAGUAUAGUGCUCCACCCCCUGUCUUGGCCCCACCCACCGUUACUGCAACAAGAACUCGUAGCGCAAAGUGCAACUCAGCCAACAGUACACCGAGCAGUACAGCAGUUUCUUCACGAUUCACUAAUGCAGCACAGAAUACCAACCUCACAGUCAGGCAUGCAGAAGGAGACAAACAGACGUCAGAAGAUACAGAAGAUGAGCAAUGUGAUGAAGAUGCUGAAGAAAGCGUUCCCAUAGAGAAUGAGAGCUAUGUGAACUUUAGAAAGAGGAUGGAGAAAAGAACUGAGAAAAGAGCUGAAGAGGUGCUGCAGGAGAACAAGAAUCUUUGUAGAGAGUUCAAGAGAAAACCGUCUUCCAGGCGCUAUGCGUCAAUGCAGGAACAGAGAGUCAAGCUGCCGGUGUGGGAGAAGAGACGGAACAUCCUAGAUGCUUUGGAGAAGAAUCAGGUUCUGGUGAUCAGUGGCAUGACUGGGUGUGGUAAGACAACUCAGAUCCCUCAGUUUAUCCUGGAUGACUCUCUGAGUGGACGAGGGGAGAGUGUGGCAAAUAUCAUAUGCACUCAGCCUCGUCGUAUCUCUGCCAUUGCUGUGGCAACAAGGGUUGCUCAGGAACGGGCCGAGGCUUUGGGCCACUCCACUGGAUAUCAGAUCCGUUUGGAGACUGUCAGAUCCUCCUGCACUAGACUCCUGUUCUGCACAACUGGUGUCUUGUUGCGCAGGCUGGAGGGAGACGCUCAGCUCAGCGGAAUAACUCACGUCAUAGUAGACGAGGUUCACGAACGGACAGAGGAGAGUGACUUCCUGAUGCUGGUUCUGAAGGAUCUGAUGUUACAAAGGUCUGACCUGAAGAUCAUCCUAAUGAGUGCUACCCUCAACGCUGAUCUCUUUUCUCAAUAUUUCCACAAGUGCCCUACCAUCCACAUACCAGGACAUACAUUCCCAGUAGAACCAUUUUUUCUUGAAGACGCUAUUGCGAUGACCAGGUAUGUAAUAGAAGACCGCAGCCCAUACCGGCGCUCAGCAAAGCAGAACGGCCCUUCCAGUCAAAGGGCUGGGAAAGCACAGCCUGCUAUGAUGAACAUGGAUGAUGAUGAUGAGGAGGAUGGCUGGUCGUUUAAUUCCUUUGCCAAGAAAGAUACAGUCAAAGACUCCAUCCCUGAUCAGCAACUCGGUGUGAAGGAGCUCACGCUUCGAUAUCCGACUUGCUCGAAAGCUGUGGUGAAAACUCUGGCCGCAAUGGACCUGGAUAAAAUCAAUAUGGAUCUUGUGGAGAGUCUGCUGGAAUGGAUUGUAAAUAGAGAUCACAGUUACCCUCCAGGUGCUGUUCUGGUCUUCCUGCCAGGGUUAGCUGAAAUAAAGCAGUUAUAUGAGCAGCUGCAAGCCAAUAGGAUGUUUAACAACAGAAGAGAUAAAAAGUGUGUGGUGUAUCCACUUCACUCCUCUCUGUCCAAUGAGGAGCAGCAGGCAGUGUUUACACGGCCACCAGAGGGUGUGACGAAAAUCAUUAUCUCUACAAACAUUGCAGAGACAUCAGUAACCAUCGAUGAUGUGGUGUACGUCAUUGACUCCGGCAGAAUGAAAGAGAAAAGGUACGAUGCCAGUCGCAGUAUGGAGAGCCUUGAGGAUGUGUGGGUGUCUCGUGCUAACGCUUUGCAGAGGAGAGGCCGAGCCGGCCGUGUGGCCUCUGGAGUUUGCUUCCAUUUGUUCACCAGCCAUCGCUUCACUCACCAUCUGAGCCAACAGCAGCUGCCUGAGAUCCAGAGAGUGCCAUUGGAGCAGCUCUGCCUCAGGAUUAAAGUGUUGGAGGUGUUCUCCAAGUCUCUCCUGCAUUCCGUGUUUUCUCGGCUCAUAGAACCUCCAGCACAAGGCAGUCUGGAAGCAGCUAAGCAGAGACUCUGUGCUCUCGGUGCGCUUACUGAAGCGGAAUGUCUCACUCCUCUUGGUUGGCAUCUCGCCUGUCUUCCUGUGGACGUGCGCAUUGGAAAACUGAUGCUGCUUGGUGCUAUAUUCCGUUGCCUGGACCCGGCCCUCACCAUCGCUGCUAGCCUGGCGUUCAAGAGCCCAUUUGUCUCUCCAUGGGAUAAAAGACAGGAGGCUAAUGAGAGGAAACUCAGUUUUUCUCUCGCCAACAGUGAUCAUCUUGCCCUGCUACAGGCGUAUAAGGGUUGGUGUACUGCAGCCCAAAACGGUUCACAGGCUGGCUAUUGGUACUGCAGAGAGAACUUCCUGUCUAUCCGGGGACUACAGGAAAUAGCAUGUCUUAAAAGGCAGUUUGCAGAGCUCCUUUCUGAUAUUGGCUUUGUAAAAGAUGGACUGAAGGUCAGAGACAUAGAGAGGAUGAGCUGUAAAGGAACAGAUGGUGUGCUGGAGGCUACGGGCUAUGAGGCAAACUUAAACUCUGAUAACACAAAGCUGAUGUCAGCAAUGUUGUGUGCUGCCCUCUACCCCAAUGUCGUCCAGGUGCGAUCUCCACAGGAGAAGUUUAGGCUGACGAGUAAAGGCGCCAUGAAGAUGCAGCCUAAAGCCGAGGAACUUCGUUUCCUUACAAAAAACGACGGAGCAGUUCACAUCCAUCCUUCAUCCGUCAACUUUAUGGUGCGUCAUUAUGACAGUCCAUACCUAGUCUACCAUGAGAAAGUGAAGACCAGUCGCGUUUUUAUCCGAGAUUGCAGUAUGGUAUGUGUGUAUCCCAUGGUGCUGUUCGGUGGGGGACAGGUCAACGUGGAGCUACAGCGUGGAGAGUUCAUCAUCUCUCUGGACGACGGCUGGAUUCGAUUCACUGCAGCCUCACAUGAAGUUGCUGAGUUGGUGAAGGAGCUGCGUUGGGAACUUGACCAGCUCCUGGAAGAGAAAAUCAAAAACCCCAGCAUGGACUUGAUCACCUGCCCACGUGGCUCCCGCAUCAUACACACCAUCGUAUCACUUAUCUCAACCCAGUAACAUGCGUGAACAUACCCAUCCAUAGGCAUUGCAUGCAAAGUAAUUAAGCAUGCAUCAUAUCUACCAAGUAUGUAUUUUGUACAAAGCAGAAUUAUUUUUAUAUUUAAAUUGGAAAUAUAGAUGCAUCCCUUAUGUAAUUUACACAUGUACUGUAAUUUGGCUAUUACUGUAUAGUUCAUACUGGAUGUUUGUUACAAAUAAAAACAAAAAGCAUGUGCAUUAAAAAAGGGACUUAAAAGGUAUAGACAU